GAGCAUCAAGUGGUAUUGGGGCGGAAACUGCGCGUGUCCUUGCAUUACGGGGUGCCCAUGUUAUCAUGGGUGUGAGGAAUAUGGGUGCAGGAGAAGAGGUUAAAGAAGCUAUUGCUAAUGAAGUUCCAGCUGCUAAGAUUGAUGUCAUGGAGUUGGAUCUCAGUUCAAUAGCUUCUGUUAGGAAAUUCGCAUUAGAUUUCGCUUCCUUGGGUAUCCCACUGAACCUUCUAAUUAACAAUGCAGGAAUAGGAAAUCACUUCAUGCUUUCCAAGGACAACAUAGAACUACAGUUUGCCACAAACCAUUUAGGUCAUUUUCUUUUGACAAAUCUUUUAUUGGACACCAUAAAGAAAACGUCACGUGAAACCAAAAGAGAAGGAAGAAUUGUAAAUGUUUCAUCAGAGGGGCACCGAUUUACGUAUCGUGAAGGAAUUCGUUUUGAUAAUAUCAAUGAUGAAGCAGGAUACAGCAGUGCACGCGCAUAUGGCCAAUCAAAGCUUGCUAACAUUUUGCAUGCUAAUGAGCUUGCAAGACGUUUAAAGGAAGAUGGUGCGGAAAUAACUGCAAAUUCGUUACAUCCAGGAGCAAUUACCACCAACCUCUACCGUAGUAACAGCCUUAUUAUGGGUCUUGUUAACAAACUUGGUAAAUAUGUGCUUAAAAAUGUUCAACAAGGAGCAGCAACUACAUGCUAUGUGGCAUUGCAUCCACAAGUGAAGGGGAUUAGUGGUGAAUAUUUUGCAGACAACAACUUGGCCAAAGCAAGUUCACAGGCUACAGAUGUUGAGUUGGCUAGGAAACUUUGGGAUUUCAGUGCCACAUUGGUUAAGAAAUAGUUAUUCCAUUGUAAUUUCAUUAAAAUCUUUCAUACCUUUAAAAAUUACAAGUGAAUCCAAAAGAUGGUUGUGUGUGUGUGUGUGUGUGUGUAAUAGAGUGGGUGGAGUUUUCCUUUAGAUGAAAGAGGAAUUAUAAUGACUAGUCUUGUGUUGGGUAACUCGACCCUUAGUGGAACAAGCAGAAAUUGAUAAAUAGACUUUCCAUCUUAGUUGGAAGCAGAAGGUGUCUUGACUGUCAAUCAUGGAAAGAUCACUUGACACUAGUAAUUUAGUUAAUUUAAUAUGUUUUCUACUUAUUGUUAAUGAAUAAAAAUAGUGUGUUGUGGUUACAUUGA